AGCACCGGCGCUAAUGCGGCGCUCUGCGUCCCCCACGAUGAGGCGCGUAUUAAAGAGCGGGUUUUAAUAUCCACGCAGAGUGAUCCACGUGUCACCGUGGGAUCACAAUGCGCGCGUCCCGCAGAUCCGCGUGGCGCACGCCCUCCCGGAACACUUUGUUUCAGACACUUCCUCUGAUUCCCUCGGCUCAGCCGGAGAGAGAGCGAGAGAGAGAGAGAGAGAGGGAGAGAGAGAGAGAGACUGCACAGAGGACAAGCUGCACCGAGGCCUGAGCAUGUUCAACUGGACUGACCUGCCUUCACUGCUCGCUACUGCAGCAACAGAAAAGACCAGUAAAGACAUCAGUAUCCUGUGGCUCUUAAGCGCACUCUACCUAAGUACUUUACCAUAAGCCGGACUCCUCUCUCUGUUUCUACCUGGAUGUUGUUGCGCUGUUGCCGAAACUGUAAAACCUGCAGAAGUACAGGUACCAGGAUGAGGAGACGCCCCCCUUGGAGCACAGUCCAGCACAUCUGGCUCCAGGAAAAAGUGCAGAGAUGCUUCAUAUGAGCGACAAGAACCUUGCUGCCAUGGAGGCCAUACAUGGCUACACGCCACACACACAUAUCUCUCCUGUCAAGCCUGUGUUGAUGUCUACGGGACACACUCCAAUGUACACCUCAGCUGUUUCCACACUGGGAAAUACUCCUCCAAUGGUGGUGAACACCGACACGCUCGACGGUUCCCCAUAUGUGAAUGGGAUAGAAGGGGAAAUUGAGUAUGAGGAGAUCACACUGGAGAGAGGUAACUCGGGCCUGGGCUUCAGCAUUGCAGGAGGAACAGACAACCCUCAUGUGGGCGAUGACCCCAGCAUCUUCAUCACCAAAAUCAUACCCGGAGGAGCGGCGGCUCAGGACGGACGGCUGAGUGUGAACGACUGCAUCUUAUUUGUGAAUGAUGUUGACGUGCGGGAGGUGACACACAGCCAAGCUGUGGAGGCUCUGAAGGAGGCAGGUGCUAUCGUCCGCCUUUAUGUUCUCCGCAGAAAACCGGCGGCUGAGAAAGUCACAGAAAUCAAACUCAUCAAAGGGCCUAAAGGACUGGGUUUCAGCAUCGCCGGAGGGGUGGGAAACCAGCACAUACCAGGAGAUAACAGUAUCUAUGUCACCAAGAUUAUUGAAGGCGGGGCGGCUCAUAAAGAUCAACGUCUGCAGAUCGGGGACAAGAUCUUAGCGGUGAACAACGUGUGUCUGGAGGAUGUGAUGCACGAGGACGCGGUGGGGGCUCUGAAGAACACAGCCGAGGUGGUGUACCUCAGGGUGGCCAAGCCCAACAACCUGUACCUGACCAACUCCUACAACCCUCCAGACCUCACCAGCACAUAUUCCCAUAUGGAUACUGAACUCAGCCACCCCAACUAUCUUGGCUCAGAUUACCCACAAGCCCUUACUCCCACCUCACCUAGUCGGUUUUCUCCUGUUCUGCACGGCAUGAUGGGAGAUGAUGACAUCCCCAGGGAGCCUCGCAGAGUUCUGAUCCACCGAGGCUCCACAGGUCUGGGGUUCAACAUUGUCGGGGGCGAGGAUGGAGAGGGAAUCUUUAUCUCUUUCAUCCUGGCAGGAGGGCCAGCGGACCUGAGCGGAGAGCUGCACAAGGGCGAUCAGAUCCUCAGUGUGAACGGCGUGGACCUGCGCAUGGCGACACAUGAACAGGCAGCUGCCGCGCUGAAGAACGCCGGCCAGACGGUGACCAUCAUCGCUCAGUAUCGGCCCGACGAGUACAGCCGCUUUGAAGCAAAGAUCCACGACUUGAGGGAACAGCUGAUGAACAGCAGCAUGGGCUCGGGGACCACAACGCUAAGGAGCAACCCAAAGAGAGGCUUCUACAUCAGGGCUCUUUUCGACUAUGACAAGACUACGGACUGUGGCUUCCUGAGUCAAGCGCUGGGCUUCAGGUUCGGGGAUGUGCUGCACGUGCUGGACUGCGGUGAUGAGGAGUGGUGGCAGGCCCGGAAAGUCAGCCCCCAGAAUGAGGCCGAGGAGGUCGGCUUCAUCCCCAGCAAGCUCAGGGUGGAAAGAAAAGAGUGGUCUCGUGGUAACACCAAAGAGAGGGACCACGGUCGGGACAGCUUGGGCCCUCAAGGGAGAGAUAAAACAUCACAGAGUUAUGAGACAGUCACCCAAGUGGAAGUUCAUUACGCGAGGCCCAUCAUCAUUCUGGGUCCCGUGAAAGACAGGAUCAACGACGACCUGUUGUCUGAGUUCCCAGAUAAGUUUGGAUCUUGUGUCCCACACACCACGCGGCCCAAGAGAGAGUAUGAGGUGGACGGGAGGGACUAUCACUUUGUGUCGUCGCGGGAACAGAUGGAGAAGGACAUCCAGAGCCAUCGGUUCAUCGAGGCCGGCCAGUACAACAGUCACCUGUACGGCACCAGUGUCCAGAGUGUCCGCGAGGUGGCUGAGCAGCAAGGGAAGCACUGCAUCCUGGAUGUAUCGGCCAACGCUGUGCGCAGACUACAAGCAGCUCAGCUUCAUCCCAUCGCCAUCUUUGUACGACCCAAGGCGCUGGAGAACGUCCUAGAGAUCAAUACUCGUCUGACGGAGGAGCAGGCCAGGAAAGGAAUGGACCGAGCCCUCAAACUAGAACAAGACUUUCUAGAGUGCUUUUCAGCUGUCGUGGAAGGGGACAGCUUUGAAGAGGUCUAUCACAAAGUAAAGACAGUGAUCGAGGAGCAAUCAGGGCCUUACAUCUGGAUCCCUACUCGGGAGAGGCUGUGA